AUGACUUCCGACGACCUUUUCGCCGGCAAGGCGUCAAGCAGCAGUGCCGACAGUCACGAUGCGCCGAGCAGCUCGCGCACUCCUAGGGCGCCCGGCUUCUACACAUACGGCACCGGAUCAAUAUCUGAGCAAUCGAUGAAGCUCCAAGCCGAACUCGAGCGGGAUUCUGGAUACGGUAGUCUCGCUGAGGGAGGGGGAGCAUUCGCCAACCCAUGGCACCCCGACUCAAGCGCAGACCGCUUCACCCCGGAUCAUACACCCAUUCGGCCUGGGGAAGCAAAUGCGAAGCUCCUGGCCAGCAAUGUAUCCCAUCUUCACUACAACAACAACCGCACAGCGCUGGCGCGUGCGAUCAACCAGACUGUGGAGACACUCAAGAGACUGCAACAGAUGAAUGCACAAUGGCCUGCGCACUAUCCGAGUGUGAGGUCUCAACCGGCCAUGCAUGACCGCCCUCAAUCGCGACCGGGUCUCUCACAUACCCAAUCCACCAUGGAUGGAGGUCGACCGGAGAUAGAGCAACGCGCAGCGCGCCCGCAACCGCCACGACGAGCGGGGACCUCUCUGAACGAACAUCAAACCGGAGAAUCUAGCGAACAAGCCCUGGCUAGAGCACCCGUCGCAGAGCCACGAUUAAUCACCCCACAGCUUUCGCAAGACUUUUCAGUCUUGAAGAUUGAACUCAAAAUGGAAGGAUUGCCACAAUCUGAGAUCGUGCACUCCUUGGAGAAGCAAUCUGUGGCUGCACUUUUGGACAAUCAGAUCAAUAACAGCAUCAGGCACCUCUUUUCUCUUCGGGAUCGAAUCGAGGACACUUCAAGCAAGGUAUUGGUAACGGGUGAUCUGAACGCAGGAAAGUCGACAUUUUGCAAUGCCCUCUUACGUCGCAAGGUCCUCCCGGAAGAUCAACAGCCGUGCACGAGUAUCUUUUGCGAAGUCCUCGAUGUGCAAGAGAACGCCGGGGUUGAGGAGGUCCAUGCCAUUCCUCAUGGUCAAACAUAUGAUCGAAACGAUGAGACCACAUAUGAAGUAUUCCAAUUGAAGGAGCUCGAAAACAUCGUUGGUAACAGCGAGAAUUAUGCGAUGUGCAAAAUCUACAUCGGAGACAAUCGAUCGAUCGACCAGUCACUCCUCAACAACGGCGUGGUCGACAUUGCAUUGAUCGACGCUCCCGGACUCAACAGCGACUCUCUCAAAACGACCGCGCUCUUCGCCCGCCAAGAAGAGAUCGAUGUCGUGGUGUUUGUCGUCUCUGCCGCGAACCAUUUCACGCUAUCGGCGAAGGAAUUCAUCUUCAAUGCAGCACGCGAGAAGGCAUACAUGUUCAUGGUGGUCAAUGGUUUCGACAACAUUCGAGAUAAGAACCGGUGCAAGGAAGCAAUUUUGAAGCAAGUUGCUCACCUCAGUCCAGCGACUUUCAAAGAGUCUUCAGAACUAGUCCACUUCGUCUCAAGUAACGCAAUACCAGUGGGGCCGGGACCAAGCAAGCACGGAGAGCCAGGCUCUCCGCCAGAUGGCAAGGGAAAAGGGAAACAAAAGGAGGCCAUGGAUGACUUUGGCGAUCUCGAGGCAUCUCUGAGACGAUUCGUGCUGGAGAAGCGAGCACGGUCGAAGCUGGCCCCUGCACAAACCUAUCUCCUCAAUCUGCUCUCCGAUACUGGAAUCCUGGCCACUGUCAAUAGGGAUGUUGCCCAGUCUGAGCUCGAUCGUGUGGCUGCGGAACUGCAACAGUUGGAGCCGGUAUACGAAAAGUCCAAGAAAGCUCGGACGGAAGCGGAUGAAGGCGUGGCUAAUAACAUUGACGAGACUACCGAAGGCGUGUUCACCUUGACCAGGAAUACAUUGACUGAUGCGAUCGCUCGGGUGGCCGAAGCCGAUUUGGGCGUGGAGUAUCCUGGUCUGCUCGGAGCAUACGAUUAUGCCGAUGAACUGAAAGCUGCGAUGCUCACCCAGAUCACCGAGACCGUGAGAUGGUGUGAGGAGCGCGCCAAGGAAAAGACCGUGACUGGCGUCAGCAGCAUCAAAGCACUAGGUCUAUCGCAUUUGGGCGACGAGUAUGUGGAUCUGACUUUCCGAUCGGAGAAGAUGUUCAGAUCUCGAAAGGAUGCUCUCGCCCGGCAGGUGGACUUUGACGCGGAGAUCUGGGACUUCUUCGACUUCACCCAUAUUUGGCAACGACAGGAGAAGGUCGCAAGCACAAGCAUGGCCGUGACGGUGGCUACUGUGGUUGGAGGAAGGAUGUUGACCGGAUUCGGUUGGAUGGACAACGCUCUGAUGGCGACCAAGAUCGUGGGACCCAACAACCUCAGGAGAAUGAUUAUUCCCGGAUUGGUCCUUGCCAUCACGUUCGGAGUCUCAUAUGCCAUCUCACAAAUUCCCAAAUCACUUCCGCACCGGCUGAGCGCCAAACUCGCCGCACAGCUCGCCGCUCUCGACUACACACACGCCAACGCUCAGCGAAUCAGCAAUGAGGUCCGCCGUGCGCUCAAGUACCCCUCGGACAAGUUACGUGAGAACCUCCAACGUAGCGUCGAGCGCUUGCACGAACAGCGCCAGGCGACGGUCAAAGUCCAGCAGGAGAGCGAGAUCGCACGCAAGUACUUUGGCAACCUGAUCCGGGAGAGUGCCGACAUCCGGACCCGCGUCCAACACAUCAACCUGGAGGGAACUCCCACCGAGCUUGCGACUGUGAUAUAAUUAUUGUAAAAUCUCUCCCCUUUGUUCUGCUUCUGAAAUCGGUUGGCAUGGAGCACGGCGUUGCGAGAAAAGGGGGAAAUACGGCACUUAAAAAGAUAUCCAACAUUGCCAUUCGGG